UUUAUGAUGGCUCAAACAAAGUAUAAAUAUUUUAAUAAGAAAAUAAAAAUGAUGUUGCUGCUUUUAAUAUUAAUGUGGUCAUUAAUGGGGCAACAUGUUUAUGGUAAAUCAUCAACGUAUGAUAUUGGUAUUGUGACUGCUGCUGCUGAUGCUGCCCGUACUACUAUUGCUGAUGUUGCGGCGGAUGAUGCUGUUUAUGAUGAUACUAAUGGCAUCAGGGACACGAUACAAGAAAAUAUUGUAAAAAUACCAACGACAAACGAUGCAAAGAAAGCAAUGGCAACAACAACAAAUACAACAGCCACUGAGAAUAAAGACAAGAAUAACAAUACCAACACGAUUUAUGGCCAUAUUAAUGAAAACGAUAAUAAUUCCAAUAAAUUGCCACAAAAUGUAGCAGCAAAAAGAGACCAACAACAGUCAAAUAUGAUGUAUAGGAACAUGAAAAUGCCAACAGCAGCAUCAGCAGCAGCCCUAUUGCCAUCAUCAUCAUCAUCAAUAUCAACAAUGUCUGCAGCGGCAACAACAAUGCCACCAACAGAGUCAUUGGCGAUGCCAAAAGAUCAAUUAAAUAAAAUAACAGAGUCUGAAAUCCCAAAGAGCAAUGAGAAGGACAACAAAAACAUCAACAACAACAAACCGGAAGAGAGCAUAGAAUCGAAAAUGUCAACGUUAAAAGAUAAUGAUACGAGUAACAACAUAGCUGGUGGAAACAGUAGCAAAGUUUUAAAAAACAAUAUAAAUGACAAAACAACUGAUUCAUACCAGAAUGAAACAAGCGCGGUUGAUGGUGCUGAGGAGAAAGAUACAAAUGAAGAUGACCCUGAAAUCAAUAAUGAAAACUCAGACAACUUUAAUACAUUCGAUUCAGCAGCCCAUGCCCAACAAAUGUUUAUAACGGAAUUUGCCUUGAAAUUCAAACAAAUACCACGAGUGACAUUUUUCACCUGCAAGGAACCAGCUGAAACAACUUCCGAACAAUCAGAUGCUAAAACUACUAAAAAUAACUACAAUAGACAUACAGACAUGAAUAUGGACAUGGUGGAAUUUGUACGACGCAUGUUUACUCCGGAAGCCGAAAGUGAAGUGCCCAAUUCUCCAAGUCUUAUGAUGAAGGUUGUUUUAAUUGAUCAUUUACUAAAUAAGAAAAGUGCGAGUUCAAGCAAUACCCCAACACGUGUAGGAUUUGGUAGGCCUAGUCCUUUUGGUGCGGCUGCUGCUAGUGGUCCAGCUACACGUAAUACAUUCACCAAUGCUAAUUGGUUAGAGCAGAUCUUAAAGCCGGAACCAUUUCGUCAAAUUGUGGUUUUGGAUUUAGCUUGCGGAGGAGCUAGUCGUCGUCUGCUGGAUAUGGCCUCAAAUAAGGCUUUUUUUAACUCCAUGUAUCAUUGGUUGUUGUUGAAGGAUUAUGUAUUUAAUCGACAAACUGAAAUCGAUGAUGCGGAUGAUAUAGAAAGCAAGAUGAACAGUUACACUGGUAAAAGCUCCAAGGAGGAAAUUGUCAACGGCAGCUACAAUGCUACAAUGAUGCUACAAGUUAAAAAAUUAUCCACAUACCCAUCGGAUGUUGUUGGCGCCUCCACAUCCGGUUCUGGCAUACAAAACAAAGUCACACCAACCACUUUAGCCUCAUCCUCAUCCGCAUCCACAUCAAAGUCGUCUUUGGCAGGUAAUCGCCAGCAACAGCAACAGCGUAUCGUAGACGAAAAGUUGACUACUGCUUCUUCUUCUACAAAUGCCAGUCGUGCUGGGGUAACAGAUGAGGAUGACAUAGAGAUUAUUGAAAAGUUCCUUGAAAAACUCAACAUCAAUAUAAAUACAGAGUUAAUAUUGGCAAAACGACGUAUGCGUGCCACUACGCCACCUAUCUUCCCCUCAGCAUCACUAACAAACUUUACAUCAACAGAGUCGGAUGAUUAUAAUACACUUCAAAAGAUGGAUUACUACUUGUUAUACGAUGUUUGGAAUCCAGGUCUGCAGUAUGGCGGCGAAUUGAAUAUGACCGAAAUUGGUUAUUUCACACGUAAGGGGGGCUUUGAAGUGGCCGACUGGUACCGAACUACUUCGACGACAUUGAGACGCCUCAAUAUGGAUUUGGCUAAAGUGCGAUGUUUAGUAGUGAUUACCAAUAAAAAUCACACUGGUACUUUGGAGGAAUACUUGACGACACACUAUGAUACACAUUUGGAUUCCAUGAAUCGUUUCAAUUUUGCUCUAUUAACGCAAGUCAGAGAUUUAUUUAAUUUCAGUUUCAUUUUGUCGAAGACCGCCACCUGGGGUUAUUUGAAGAAUGGCAAAUUUGAUGGCAUGAUUGGUGCUUUGACGAGAAAGCAGGCGGAUAUUGGGGGAUCACCGAUUUUCUUUCGUAUCGAACGUGCCAAAGUGAUUGAUUACACAUCGAGAACAUGGGUGGCCAGACCUUGCUUCAUAUUUCGACAUCCUCGAAGCACGAAAAAGGAUCGUAUUGUUUUUCUGCAGCCAUUUACUAAUGAUGUUUGGGUUUUUCUGGCCGUAUGUGGUUUCAUAACUAUAGUUCUGUUGUGGGUUUUAACAAGUUUGGAGCGUAAAUUUGAUCCCGAGGAUUUUGAUGCAAACACUGGUACUGAUAUGAAAGCAUUUCAAAGGCUUAUGAGUGCUGUUUCGGGGCACAAUCAAGAGGAACAUGAAGUGGUUGCGGUUAAAGGUGGCGGUUUUCAAAGAUGGUUUGUGCGCUGGGGUGGCCUAUUUUGUGGUCAGAAUAUGGGUGACGAUAAGUCCAGGCAUCGCGUUGGUUUGUUUUUUGAGUCUCUGCUGUUUUAUAUUGGGUCAAUAUGUCAACAGGGCUUGUCUUUUUCGACAUUUUUCUUUUCGGGCCGCUGCAUUGUUAUUACAUCUUUGAUGUUUUCCUUUUCCAUUUAUCAAUUUUAUUCGGCCAGUAUUGUGGGCACUUUGCUAAUGGAAAAACCCAAAACUAUACGCACUUUAAGAGAUUUAAUACACAGCAAUUUGGAGAUUGGCGUUGAGGAUAUCGUUUAUAAUCGGGAUUAUUUUUUGCGCACCAAAGAUCCUGAUGCCCAGGAAUUGUAUGCUAAAAAAGUAACAAGUGUUCCAACCACAGGAGAUACGGGUUUUGUGGAUGCACCACCCGAUAACGUUGCCUUGCCCACACAAAUGGUUGAGAUGACUGAUGCCCAAAAGGCAAAAGCUUAUCGUGAUAUACUGCACAGUCAUGAGACGGGUGCCCAUGCUAAAACCAAUGAGGCCUCCAACUGGUAUGAUCCCGAUUUUGGGGUGGGCAAAAUAAAGAAGGGACGUUUUGCUUUUCAUGUGGAUGUGGCAACGGCAUACAAAAUCAUCGCCGACACCUUUAGCGAGAAGGAGAUUUGUGAUUUAACCGAAAUACAAUUAUUUCCCCCUCAGAAAAUGGUCAGCAUUGUUCAGAAGGGCUCACCCUUGAGGAAAGUUAUAACAUACGGAUUGCGACGUGUCACUGAGGUGGGUCUAACAGAUUAUCAACGUAAAGUUUGGCAUUCGCCCAAACCACGUUGUGUUAAACAAUUGCACACCGAUGAUUUAAGGGUUGAUAUGCAAACAUUUUCAUCAGCUCUGUUGGUUCUUAUCUUUGGUUAUGCAGUCAGUCUGUUGAUUUUAAGUUUAGAGAUUGUGCACUUUAAACUGUGGAAACGAUAUACGACAACAUAA